AGGACGUUUGUUCAAGGACUGUAGUUUACAACUCGUUGCUCGUUGCCUGUGAGUGCAACACCCACAGUUGAGCAGCCUGUGUGAUGCCCACGGGAAAGAAGACUGGGCCCAGCCAAGGCCCGGAGGGACCAGGCCCUGCCAAGGCCAGGAAGACUCACACGCAGGCAACACUUACCCAGUCCUUCGCGAUUGGCACGGAGUUUGCGGCUUGGAAAACAAAUUGUAUCGCUGAGUCAUGGGCCUCAUACGCAACCAGAUCAGCUCCUUGGUUUGAACGUCAGUGGCAAAGAGUUCAGAAGGCUCAGAUCCAUCCAGAAGUCAAGCGGUUUCAGGAACAAACCGCCUUGCCUGCCAACAAGAGCUGGUGGGUAUUUAAUCCCAAAGAGACAGCGGACAAGUUUGAAGCUUGGCUCAAGAAGCAGGGUCUUCCCACACUGGAUGCUUCCACAUCAGUGCCAGUCAAGGUUGAGCCCAAGGAUGCUUCCACAUCAGUGCCAGUCAAGGUUGAGCGCAAGGAUGCCGCAGAAUCGCUUGCUGAGUCAGCGCAGCCAAGAUUGAGCCCAAAGGAAGAGGUUCCUGAUAAUGGAAUCGGAAUUGGUGUUGAGUCUGGCGUCGAUGAUCCCAUCGCUACUGAGAAUCAGAAUGACAAGCAUGAGCAGCAUGAGGCUGUGUCACAACAGCACACUCUUGCGGCUCCACCGGAUGUGCCGAUGGUGGAUGUGCCGAUGGUGAAUGAGAACAAUGACAUGGACCUGGACAUUGACCACGACAAGGAGAAGAACAGCGUGAAUGCAGCUCCUGAGUUCCAGAACAUUGACAUGGCCAUUGCACACAUGAAAGGUCACAAUUGCCUCAGAGACUAUUUGAAAGUGAAUCGGAUAGAGAGUCCCGUAGACAAGCAUGAGUGGGAGCAAAAGUUGAAAGAGAACCCAAUAGCGCACCUCAUUCGCUUCAACAGCUUCCUAACCAACUUUGGUGAGGAGGAGAUUUGCAUAGCCAAACUUCUGGUGCAACAUGAGGAGAAGAAUGCCAUUGCAGCAGGCCUAAUGACAUCAAAGUCCCUUUGGUCCCAAACUGUUCGCAAAGCACGUGCUCAUGAAAUGUUCCCGGAGUACAUCAGAACCUUUGCAAGAACAUCUAUCCCUGAUGCAGCAGACCCAGACUGGUUCUUUGGUAAGGGAUGCGACGCUGACUUGACCAAUUUCUACAACUUUGUCAAAGAGAAGGAACUACUGAUGUUGCCAACUCUGCUUGAUGUAGAGAAGAACCUGGGAUGGCCUCGGUGGGAGUUUGGGUGGAAAUGUGAAGAUUUUGGUCAACUUGACGAAGACCAGUAUCAAGCAGCCCUCUCAGCAGCAAAGGCGCAUCCUUUGUUCGCUGAUUUUUGGGCCAGCGAGUGUGAGGAGUGCGAGGAACAACGGGAAAGGACCUUUGGGGAUGAAGAUGGCGAUGGGCUUUGUGAUCUCGAGAGUUUUGCUUCCUUUCUUUUCAAGGGGUUGAAGGGCUUGGUUUCGAACACCUCAUUGCCUCCAUCAGCUACACUCUCCUCAUCUCUUGCUGAGGCUGCUGUGCCGAAGGGCCAGCGCGAAGAUGACAGCCAGUGUUCGCUUGCAGGUGCCAUCACUGCUGCCAUCAUGAAUGGAGACUAUUGUUCUGAUGAUUCUGGUGGUGAGAAGCAGGAUGCCGUCCCCAUGAACGCUGCUCGUCCCCAUGGACAAGAUGCCGCAGCUGCUGCCGCCGCCAUGGAAGGAGAGCGUCCAGAUGAAACACCUCCAGAUGCUGAGGCUGCCCCUGCUGCCGACGGACCAAUCCCUUCAACUUCAGAUGCUGCGGCUGAUCCCGAUGGACCAACUUCUUCACAGGCAGCGGCUGCCCCUGCCGCCGAUGGACCAAUUCCUUCAGAAGCUGCGGCUGCUCAUGCCUCCGAUGAGCUGCCAAAGCCUUCAGAUGCUGCAGCUGCUCCUGCCGCGCGUGAACCAAACCCUUCAGAAGCUCCAGCUGCUCCUGUCCCCGGUGGGCCAACACUCCAAUCCGCUGGUGGUGUUUCCCUUGAAGACUGCCAGGAACAGCUGGACCAUGCUUGUGGGCAGUAUCCAGACUUGGCAAAUAUUGAAGCCAGCUGUGCUGAAGUCAUGGCAGCUCUCUUGCGCAAAGAGCACUAUUCAGAUCCUGCUUCAAAGAUCCUGUCCAACUUGGCAAGUCACCCUGAUCUUCUCACUGCCGCAUCCAUUUGCUCUGGCACUGGGUCGUUUGAACAGGUCUUGCAUCAUGCUACCAUCGCACUGCGAGAAGCAUUUGGCUUGUGUAGCGGCCAUGUGGAGCCAGCUUUUGCUUCGGAGUUGGUGGAUAAUAAAGCUCGCUACUGCAUGUCGGUCCUCACAGAGCUGACAGAUGGUGGCGAGUUUUGCAUGUAUAAGGAUGCAACAAAACUAUUGGACGAUAGCUCCCGACAGUGCGCGAUGCAUUGUGGUAAGCCUUGCCGCUUGCCCGAGAAGUUGACUUGCUUCAGUGCAGGGUUCAGCUGUACUUCAUACAGUAUGCUUAGCAAAGAUGCAACCAAGAAUGCCACAGCCAUGCAGAAAGCAAAGGACGAUGACCCGGAAGGACACGUGGCCAGCGUCACAACCUUUCAUGCCUGCCUGGAUGUUGUUGACACGAGCCGACCCACGUGGGCAAUCUUUGAGAAUGUGGAAUCAAUAGAUCGCGAAGUGGACCCAGACACGCAAACCAAUCUCCAGCUUUGCUUAGCAGCUUUGGAAGAAAGAGGUUACGUUGCCCGGAGUUUCUUGCUGGAUGCCCUUUGGUACGGCCUACCUCAAUCUCGGCGACGGGUGUACAUUGUAUGCCUUGCUGUGGGCGAUCGCGAAAUAGGCUGUUCUGCUGAGGACUUUUUUAACAGCGUUGAGAACCUUCUGGGCAAGCUCUACAUGGAUGCACCCCCAGCGGACGAGUUCCUUCUUCCGGAUGAUGACCCUCGUGUGCUUCAGUACCUCGAUACGCUGAAGUCCGAGAGGGACAAGAAAUUGUCCAAAGAUGAGGAAAAGGAGGAGAGACUGGAGAAGUGGAUGGCCUUGCAUAUGAGCGUCGCCGAGAAGCGCGGGAUUGAGUGGCCACUACAAAUUCAUCCAGAUAUUCGGCAGUCCGAGUGGUUUGGGAUCUUGACAGAGCGUGCAAAAGAGGUGGUGGGCUUUGGUUCUGACGAGCGAGAGCGCUUGGGUCGGCGCAUUGACUACUGCGACUGCUACCAUUCUGCAAACCGCUAUGCAACAUCACACACGCAUUUUCCGAUUUGCCUGCCCAGGACAAUCGGAUGGUCCUAUGUAAGGCAAAGAUUGGUGCUUGGAAGAGAGCUGAUGACGCUACAGGGACACACCCCGCUUAACGAUGAUGCCAACAUUGACGAGGGCAAACCCUUUUCAGAGUCCCUUUUGGGAAACUUGGCAGGAAACGCGCCGCUUGGACAGUGCCAGUGAUUGAUACGGUACGUUUUUAUUGUUUCAUAACUUAACUGAGUAUCUAUAUUUGUCAACGUUUGUCAUAUGUUUGGAUAUAUACAGCAGUAUACAAACAAACCAAUAGACUGAGCAUUGUGAUUGGGACGACUGCUGCCAUUAAUGCAUUGUUUCAGUCCUUUUGUGAGCGAAAGGUAAGUCUACAGAGGUUUUUAUCAAGGCUUAGAGCCCAUGCAGACUGUCACCUUUCAUAUUGCAUGGUGGCUUGAGGUUUGCAGGGAAUGUCCUUUGCGCGGUCAUCAUGUCCGUGCUGUGUUCGAUUCGAUAUGUGACAGUAUCGGAGUUUGAUGAAACCGAUGAGAUCAUGGAUCUUGUUUCACAACUCGGUUCUUAGAGUUCUAUGUGCAGUGCAGGUUCAGUACAGCAAUUGAUGGAUUGUAGCUUUGCUGUUUUUCAAUGUAGCAUGCGAAGUAGCUGCAUUGUUGGGAAGCCAAGCCGCAGCCAUCCCAUCCAGAGUUUACUCCAGCAGCGAUCAAAGC